UCUGAACUCAUCCACUCGUUUAUUUUGAUCUUUCACGAUAGGUCACUUCCACGUGGUGUGACGAGUCUUUUAAGAAUCGUGACCUUCGAAUCUCAAGCAUCCAUGAUCCUACGUCGCUCAUCUGUAUCAACAUUGUAUUAACACACUCUUUUUCUGCACCUCCCUAUCAACCAUUUUCUGGCCGACACUGUAUCACAACUUUGUAGUCUUCACCCUUAUCUUGGACCAUAAGCUACCACAUUGGUCUUGGUCAACUCAUUCUCGAGAAAAAUGUCAAUCAUGUCAAACCAUACUCUCAACAUCACUCGCCCAGGCCGGUCGGUUUCUUCAGAUCGCGGACGGGAGCAUCGCUCACCAAUGCCGUGGUCUUCUAACACAAGAUUUCCCCGGCCUCUCUCUACCCCUCCUGGUCUCAAAGCUCAGAUACAGGACUGUGCCUCUUCUUCACUCUCCCGUAGCUCUCUGUCUGGGGGUAUCGGAAUCGAGGCAGGAUAUUGGAACUGGGACCCGGAAAAGGCCGAGGUAGUCUUUUGUAGGAAGAGUAAUAACCUGGAGUAUACACCGGGCUCACGUCCGACAAAGAGUCCCGCGAAAGUGACCAUCACCACUAAAUCUCCUGCCAUGGCCUUUGUACUACCAGAGCCAUCCAACUCGCUACGGAGGCUUUCUUCUUCAAUGAUAGACUCAUCCAGUCGACCAUACUCGCCAACGCCUGUUUUUGGAUUCGCAUCGCCCAGCCUCGCUGUACGGGGACUUGCAUCGAAGGCCUCACCGGUCACCCUGUCCUCGCCGCCUCCGUUACAUUUCAACUCUGAUUUCACUGGAUGGUUGCUUCCUGAUGGUGUCGAUACAUCUAUUCCCGACGAUAACUCUGAACUUCCAGACCUGACCGACUCCUCGUUCACUUUUGCAAGUUCAUCGAAUCCCGACCUCAACACUUCGACGAUCUCCUCAAACUCAGAAUAUAAUCCGCCAACACCAGGUCGCGGCAUUGGCUUAGGUUUCGGUCUGGGUUUUGCACACACUUCACUAUCUGGCUGCGCAAGGGUGUUUUGCUACGAUAAUGAAAUUUCACAGACGUUCCUGAAGGAAACUGCGUUUGACGCUGCAGAUGUUAGCAAUGGAGCCAUUACUCCCCUCGAAGUUCAAGGGAGUUAUGGAGGGGGAUGUCAGUCUGGGUAUAGUGAAGCCUUUGAUUUCCCAACUGCCCCCUGCUUCGAAGGGAAAAAUGGCGAAAAAGAAUAUGAUUCUACGCUGAAAUUGCCUUCGGAGACCAUAUCCAACUCUAAGGGCAAUAUCCCUUGUCUCUCUCUCUCCUCGACGCCUCGAAAUCGAACUUCGUCUUCAUCAUUAUUUCCGUGUCCAUCUUCUACAUCGCCUUCUCUCCGGAGGCAUAGUCGCUCUCAAGUAACUGGGUUUAGCAGUGUUUCCUCGAGCAAGCGACCUGAGGGUUGUUCUAACGAGAACUCUGUCAGUAAGCCAACCACAUCAAAACCCGCCGCGGCGAAGCGAGGUAGCAUUCGUCGAACGAUUAGCCUCCAUCGUCGAGGUGGACCUGACGUCACGCUGGCCACAAUAUCUAGUUCGUUGAAGCGGUCUACUUCGUCAGGCUCUUCCUCUCCCACGAUAACUGUGCCCACCGCCAACCGACUGUUCUCUAGAGUGCCGUCGAGAAUUCUGGGACGUGGACCACGUGAGGCUGGAGCGGAUUUGAAGAAAAUGAAGGGAUGCCCGGCGGUAACAGUGCACCCUCGUUAUAUACCUCAGAAGCAGGCGAAGGCGGAGAAUGGACCGAAAGAUGUGCGCUCCUCUCAAGAGCACAGGGGAAGGCGGCGCUCAUUGAAUGCACCGAGCUCGGAGCGAAAAUUGUCUUGGAAAUAGGGAAUGAAUAUCCUAGGAGUAUGAUUUCUGAAGGACCUCAAAGGCUAAAACUUUGUACAUAUAUACAAUAAGAAUAAUCGACAGCGGAUGAUAGUGUAAUCCCAACAUUGAACAGAGCAUAUACUACUGGUGACUAUCAACGUUUGUACGAAUACAAAGUACUACAUUAUUGGCGAUAGUUAAGUGGUCCUCGGAAGCUGUG